AUGGAAAGGCUCGUGAAGGAUACGACAGUUUAUAUGAAGAUUGAAGAUCAACUCGUUGCUUACAAAGAAAAAAGAGGAUUAUUUCGAUAUAGAGGUUCUUUAUCGACAUAUCUGACACGUCCACCGGUUAUAUGGUGGGGUGAAUAUGGAGACGAUGCUCCAGAGCUCAAGUCCUUUGCAAUAAAGGUUUUGGGUCUUACAUGUUCCGCUUCGGCUUGUGAACGUAAUUGGAGUACGUUCAAUCAAGUCCAUACCAAGAGACGCAACCGGUUAAACACCGAAAGAAUGAACAACUUGGUUUACAUCAUGUACAAUAAAAAGUUGAAGCAAAAUUUCAUUAAGAGGACUAAAUUAAAAGAAGAUGACCCCUUAGUUGUUGAUCAUGUAUUAUCGGAUGAUGAGUGGAUAGCCGCCCCAAGUGAUGGUGAGGAAGAUGACAUUGGAGGUGGCGGGAUAUUAGGGGAGGAAGAUGGUGGGGUAAUUGGAAGUGCUAGAGCUGGCAGGGCUAUUGGAAGACCUAGAGGUGGCGGGACAAUUGGGGAAGGGAGUGGAACUAGGAAAAGGAAAAAUGUUCAAGUGAAUUUGAUUGACGAGGAUAACGGGGAUGAAGUGAAUUUGAUUGACGAUGACGAGGGUGACCGGUUUGAAAAUGAUGCUGAUUAUUUUAUUUGAACUUUUCACUAACUUGUGCUUUUUUGUGUGUGUUUCCUAAGUGGCUGUUGUUUUGGAGUUUUAGACUUUGAUGUUCUAGACUUAUUUUAUGUUUUUGAAUGUGUUUUUUAUAACUAAUGGAUUUGAUGGUGAAAUUAGCUUAAAAGGACAUGUUUAGUGUGUG